AUGGUCGCAAAUAAUAGGUGGGAGAUAGAUGUGACACUUUAUGUCUAUACAUGGUAUAUUGAAGAUGAAGAUGCUGUGAAAGCUGUACUUGCUGUGGAUGAUUUGAAAAAGGUUGGAAUGGAUCAGUCAUCUUGUUACUCUAUGGAUCAAUGUUCAAUUUGUUUGGAAGAGCUCUUCAAUGGAUCAAAAGCCUUGGUGAGUAGUGUUUAUAAAAUUUUAUCUAAAGUCUUGGCUAAUCGUUUGCGAAUGGUGGUUGGAAGUGUGGUGUCUGCUUCUCAGUCUGCUUUUAUAAAAGGUAGACAGAUUUUGGAUGGUAUUCUGAUAGCUAAUGAAGUUGUAGAUGAUGCGAAGUGUAAUGAUAAAGAGCUACUUAUGUUUAAAGUGGAUUUUGAAAAGGCUUAUGACUCGGUGGAUUGGGGUUACUUAGAUGAGGUGAUGAUCAAAAUGAAUUUUCCGACUAAGUGGCGGUGUUGGAUUAUGGAGUGUGUUACAACUGCUACAGCUUCAGUGUUAGUGAAUGGUUGCUCGACCGAUGAGUUUCAUUUUGAAAGAGGACUACGUCAAGGGGAUCCUCUUUCCCCUUUUCUGUUUCUGUUAGCUGCUGAAGGUCUUGAUGUGAUGAUGUCUGCGGUUGUUUCAAACGGUUUAUUUACACCUUAUACAGUUGGGACGCAGGUUUCUGUGUCUGUGUCUCAUCUUCAGUUUGCUGACGACACUCUUUUGAUUGGGGUCAAGUCUUGGGCCAAUGUUCGAGCAAUGAAGGCUGUUCUUUUGUUAUUUGAAGCUGUAUCAGGUCUGAAAGUUAAUUUCCACAAAAGUAUGUUGUUUGGUGUGAAUAUUAAUGAGUCUUGGUUGCAUGAGGCAGCAGUGGUUAUGCAUUGUAGGCAUGGGCGGUUACCUUUUCUUUAUUUAGGCUUGCCUAUUGGUGGGGAUCCUCGUAAACUUCAGUUUUGGCACCCUGUGGUUGAGAGAAUUCGUCGACGGUUGUCCGGGUGGAAGUCUAAGAAUUUGUCGUUGGGUGGUCGGUUGGUUCUGCUUAAGUCCGUUCUGUCGUCCAUUCCGGUUUAUUUCCUUUCUUUCUUCAAAGCUCCCUCAGGUAUCAUUUCUACCCUUGAUUCUAUUUUUAUUAAUUUUUUUUUGGGUGGUGGUGAGGAUUCUAGGAGAAUUUCUUGGAUCAAAUGGGAUAAUAUUUGUUUGAAUAAGGAGAAUGGGAGUUUGGGUGUGAAAAGAUUGAGGGAGUUCAAUAUCUCUUUAUCAGGUAAGUGGGUUUGGCGGGUUUUGGAGGAUAGGGAGAGUCUUUGGAACAUGGUGUUGCGAGCGAAAUACGGUGAGUUUGGAGGGAGGGUGCGAUUUUGUGAGGGUGUUGGGUCGAUUUGGUGGCGUCAGUUAAAUCAAAUUAGAAUUGGUGUGGGGUUGGCAGAAUCAACGUGGUUGGUUGAUAACAUAGUCAGGAAGGUAGGCGAUGGGAGUACCACCAUGUUUUGGGAGGAUUCCUGGUUGUUAAAUGUUCUGUUGGCUGUAGCUUUUUCUAGGCUUUUUGAUUUGUCGGAAAAUAAAGGUGUAACGGUGAGGGAGAUGUUUGUAUUAGGUUGGGGGGCUGACGGGGGUGCUUGGAGUUGGCGACGGAGACUGUUUGCUUGGGAGGAAGAGUUGGUGGAGGAAUGUGUGGAGCGGUUGGAUAACUUUGUUUUGCAGGUAGACAUUUCUGAUAGGUGGGUGUGGAAUCUCCACUCGUCACAAGUAUAUACGGUGCAUUCAGCUUACUCUUUCUUAACAACGGUGGAUACUAAUAUCACUGCAGAGUUUGAUCAAUUUUUAUGGCUUAAAGCGGUUCCUUUAAAAGUUAAUAUUUUUGUUUGGAGGCUCUUUCAGAAUCGACUUGCUACAAAGGAUAAUCUUCGCAAGAGGAAUGUCCUCGAGGCUACCAAUGUUUUUUGUGGUGCUUUAUGUGGCAAGGAGGAGGAAAGGGAUCAUUUGUUUUUUCAAUGUGAUUAUUAUGGUCGGUUAUGGCUUAUGCUAUCGGAUUGGUUAGGUAUUGUUACGGUUCUCAAUGACAAUUUAUAUUCACAUGCUAAUCAGUUUUGUGCACUUGAAGGAUUCUCAAAGCAUUCUGUGCAAACUUUUUCUAUUAUUUGGAUUUCGGUCUUAUUUACUAUUUGGAAAGAUCGUAACAGGAGGAUUUUUCAAAACCAAAUUGUUCAUCUGGAAGUUCUUCUUGAAAGGGUUAAACUCCAAACGUUUUGGUGGUUGAAAGCUAACUACAUAUUGUUCGUUUUUGAUUAUUCUUAUUGGAGGCAAAACCCUUUACCUUGUUUACAGACUAUUGUGUAA